CGCAAGCGCGAAAAGGGGUUGCCAUCGUUUCAGCCGCAAUCAGUGAGAGAGCUCAGUUUCCGCUGUGCCGCUGUCCCGCAUCAUGUUUAGAUCUGCCGUGCGACUGACUUGCUCCGGUGUCCGGAGUUUAACACGAACAAGACCUCAAUUCACAGCCCCCUUGGCUGCCCGUGGCUACUCCCAUGGCAAACAGGAGACAGACGAAGAGUUUGACGCUCGCUGGAUCACCUACUUCAACAAGCCAGACAUCGACGCAUGGGAGCUGAGGAAAGGCAUGAACACCCUGAUUGGGUACGACCUGGUUCCGGAACCCAAGAUUCUAGAUGCAGCUCUGAGAGCUUGCCGGAGGCUCAAUGACCUCGCCAGUGCCAUCCGCAUCCUGGAGGCCGUCAAGGACAAAUCUGGCCCCCACAAAGAAAUCUACCCCUACUUAAUUCAAGAGCUCCGGCCAACCCUGGACGAACUGGGUAUCGCCACACCUGAGGAACUUGGCAUCGACAAAGUAUAGAUGAUUUUAUGUCUGGUCUUCCAAUGGGACGCUGUCGUCGUGACUGGACCCUGCGGCCCUCUGUACUUGAAGUCUUUGCCCGGUGUUAUGAUACAUGUUAUAUUUAAUUGGCCUUUAUUAUGUUCUUUUGCUUGUAAAAUAAUGAUGGACCUAAUAAAGGGAGAUAUAUCUUUGA